AUGAAUUCAAAGACGAAAUAUCUACAAUUAUAUAGAAAUAUAUUAAGAUGUCAUAGAUUCUUACAGGAACCAAUGAGAUCGAUGGGUGAUCAAUAUGUAAAGACAGAGUGGCGACUUCACAAGAAUGUCGAUCAGAGAAUUGCAACCAUUUUCUAUAAGAAGUGGGAUGAAUAUCUGCAGUAUAUUAUCAAUCAAAGAGAGCAAACCAUUCAAGAUGUGGCAAGUGGUAGAGCCGAACCAACUGGAACUGACAUGUCAAUCGGUAGAGAUCUAUCAUCAUUGGAAUCACACAAACUUUCAAACUCACAAAAAGAUCAACUAAAGAAAUUAAGAGAAGAAGUAGAAGCUCUAAAUAAAAAUCAAUAA